UUCUUUCAAACGCAGAACCAACUCUCCUCACCCAAGAAAAAUGAACAAGCUCAUCAUUGCUGCUGCUGUGUUGAUGACGGUUGCUGUUGCCGCAGCUGCACCGCAAUCUUACUCGUCUGAGGCCAGCUCCAAACCGUCCUACGAGUCUAACGCCAAACCAUCCUACGAUGACGCUCCAAUGCCGUACAGCUUCGACUGGAACGUCAAAGAUGAUGAGAGCAAGAACGACUACGGACACAAGGAGACCAGCGACGGCAAAGUCGUCACCGGUUCUUACCGUGUCGCCCUCCCCGAUGGCCGCACUCAGAUCGUCACUUAUAAAGCCGAUGAGAACGGAUAUGUCGCUGAAGUGAAAUACGAAGGAGAGGCCCAAUACCCAACACCCGAAUACAAACCGGCCUCCAAAUAUUAAAUGUUGCAAAAAAAAAACAACUGGCUGAUUGCAGAUAGACUAUUUUUCCUCUUGUGUAAUUUAUUUCGGACGUGUACAAAAAAGAAACAAUACAAUGACGUGAGAACCUGAAAAAGAAAAA